UGCUGAAUCAUUCACGGUGGGGUCUACAGAUCUCUCGCCCAAAUGGUGUGGGUGCAGACACCGCUUUUGUGCCACAGCAAUCCUCUCCCCGUAAGCCCCCUCAGGAGCUGUGCUGUGCUCUUCUGCUGAAACUGAAGAGCGAGAGCUGCGCUGCAGUAAUUCCUCUCACUGCCUGCACUGUGGUUACCUCCCGUCGCGGUGAUAAACAUAUUUAGUGAUGAAGCACUAUCGCGGUGGGAGGUGCAAAUAUACUCUGGACCAGGUGCUUUUUGAGUACCUUUCUCCGGGACCCACGCCCCGGUCCGGCCCGCUCCCAGGGCGGGCUCACUGCGCUGAGAGCGGCGGGGCGCGCCAAGAUGGCGGCGGCGGUCAGGCGGUAUUUUUGCACGGCGGGCCGCGGGCUGGAGCUCUUCCUCGCGCGGGAGGUGCGGGGGCGGCUCGGCGCCACAGAGGUGGACUGCAUCUCAGGAAAGGUCUUCUUCAGCACAGAGGCAGAGCCGGGCGAGAUGAGGAAACUCAGGUCUGGAGAGCGACUGUUUUUGCUGCUUAAGAAACACACCCCCCUUGCAGCUUCUAGAAAUAAAGGGAAAAUGCUGCAUGAGAUUAAAAGCUUUGUCAUUGAGGAGCCAAAGUAUUGGCUGGAUGUUAUCUCUAUUUGGAGAAACUUUCACAGGUGUGAGGGGAAAAAAGAUGAUGUCUCUCAAGAAAACCGAUUGCCUCUGAAGAGAAGGUCAGAAGAAGAGACAAAUACUGCAACUAAAAGGCAGAAAACAGAACAAGUGAGAGCAACUGUGUCUGAGGAAUGUCAAGUGGAAGCUGGAGAGAGGUGUGUGGUACUAGGGAGAGGGAGCCUUCAGGGCUGCCGGACUGAAAGCAAGAUUUCAUUAGAAGACCCUUCCAAAAUUAGUGGAGAGAAACCUAUUAUGAAUGAGCAGCUUACCUACCGUUUCAGAGUUUCUUGUCGUUGUAGUGGAGCGAUUGCCAAAAUACUUACUUCAGAGGAGAUCGGAAGAGCCAUUGGCAUAGCGCUCAUGAAGCAGUGUGGGUGGCAGACUGAUCUGCGGAACCCAGAUCUAGAGAUCUUUGUACAUCUUAAUGAUGUUCACUCCGUGGUGGGGAUUCCCCUUUUCAGGCUUCCAUUGGCAAACAGAGACUACAUUAAAAGAGCAGGGCUGCGGUCAACAGUUGCAUGGGCCAUGGCAUCUCUGGCUGAAAUCAGUGCAGGUGCCUUUGUGCUGGAUCCCAUGUGUGGGCUAGGAACGAUACUGCUGGAAGCUGCCAAAGAGUGGCCCGAAGCCUGUUACUGGGGUGCUGAUAUAAGUGAUUCACAGUUAGAGGGUGCAGAUGUGAAUAUUAGGACUGCAGGCUUGAUGGAUAAGAUUGAGUUACUUAAAGCUUCUGCAAAAGCAUUGCCGUUGCCUUCAGAAAGCUUUGAUGCUGUGAUUUCGGAUAUUCCAUUUGGAAAGAAGUUCAAGAUCACAAAAGACAUACAGCUCCUACCAGAUAUUCUCCAGGAAAUGGAGAGAGUACUUCGUGUUGGAGGCACUAUUGUAUUGCUGCUGAGCCAAGAUCUCCAUAAGUGCAUGGAUGGCAUUACCAAGUGUGCUGAAAAUUACUCGCCUAAUGCCAUUUCUGAUGGCAGAAGUGAAACCGCCACUGCAAAAGCCCUGAAUGUUGAUGGAAAUUCUUCCUCCUUGGUGAAUGGUGUUGAAGAAUCCUUUCUUAGCAGCAGAUGGACUCCUUUUAGGUCUCUGAGGCCAAAUGGUGUCUAUGCAGUUAGUCUUGGAAAGACUGAUGCUUUCAUACACAAAUACAGGAAGGUAGUUACUGAUUCCUAGCACUAGCAUUCUUGCACUGUGCCUAAGUGAACAUGAAUCCUGAUAUGCUUGAAAAGCAGCAUGGUAGUGAGCCCUGCUGAUCCAGAUGAAUCCUGUGCCUUUUGUUAGCUCACCUCACUCUCUUUGGAUAUCCUAAAGCGUUGCUUUUCUCCCUUCAGUUUUUAGGAGAGCAUGGAGAGUCCUACAAGUGUUUCAGAUGUUUUACUGUAAAAUAUUGUAAUGAGACAUUAAAUCUUUGUUUAGGCAAAGCCUCUCAGUAUCAGGAGGAGUUUCUUUGGGAGAGAAAGUCUUUGUUUGCAGAACUGCAAAAAUAAAUGUAAUCAUAAAUGUAAAUGGAUUUUCAUGUUCAGCAGUAUUUAUUUUAGGAAGCACAUCUUGUUUGAAGAAGUCUCCAACUCUUUUUGAGGGCUGGAUGUAUGCUUUACCAUGUAUAGUGCAGUCUUGCAUUUUAUUUUAAAGCUCAUUUCUGAUGAGUUUGAAAUGUUGCUAUUGAGAUCUCUUGGACUGGAGAACUAUUUUCUGUAUUAAUUCUUUGCAGUGUUUGCAUGUGUCUAACGGGCGUGCUUUAGCUUUUUAGGCUGAAGAGACUUAUUUCUGUCAAAAAUAAUGCUUUUCCUCACUUGAUAACAUCACUCCAAGGGCACAAUAUGUGGAAGACAGAAAAACUUGCUAGUGAACAAUUAAAAGUGACUUCUGCCUGCAAAGAACCACAUGGAAAAAUCCUCCUGAAAAGGGAGAGGUCUUAGCAGUUCUAGUCUAUGCAAAAAGUAUUUGUGCAGGGGAAAUAGUCUAAUUCAAAGCUUUCCUGUGGCUGCUGAGCUGACAGGGAAGUACUUUUUGAAGAGAAUGACUGCACAUUGCUUUCAGGUACUGUUUUGGACAGGCAUUUGCAGUUUGGCAAGCUGGGAUUGACUUGUGCAUUGUGUUCCUCUGCCAUGACUAGUAUGGUUGUAACAAUUAGUAGUGUAUCUGGGUUGUUUUGGGCUUUUCUUUUUUUAUUUUCCUUUAUUUGAAGUUUGUUGUGUGUAGCCUGUUGGAAGCAUCGCUUCAUGCAUGUGCUUUCCAUGGCAAAGCCUCUCUAAGUCUCUUCAGACCUCUAAGAUCUGGAGAUCUUGGAACUUGAAGUAAGAGCCUGUGGUGCGGCUGAACUAUGGAGAUUUGAGGGAAAGAGGAUAUGGGUCAGACUGAUGUGAUCCUGAUGCUAUGAGUCCUGCUGUUUAGCUUGUACCUGGAAAUGUGCUAGUGCACCACAAGUACAGAUUUUUGGCUUUAAAACUUUCAAAGAGGCCUUGGAGAAGACAGUAAUGAAUGCAUCGCAACAAAGGUAAUGGGUAACUUGUUCAUGCCAUUAGCUCUCUAAUAUGCAUAGUCAACAAUAAUGUGCCUCUUCUGACAAGCACCAGUGCAAGUUUGUUGUAGGAGAUUAAGCUUCAUCUGAGUUAUGUAGUUUUUAAUGUAUCCCAGGGACAUAAACACUGGACCUAACACUGUUUCAGUGAGGGUCUGAAAGAGAGAUGGUGUUUGGGUUUAAUUACAGUUGUGACUUCAUAGGAUGGGCUGAACUGAUGUAACAGCUCACUGUUGCCCAAGAGGGAUGAUUCCCUCUGGCUGCUUUGCCACUCACCUUGUGUUGCAUUAAUGGUAGGAGUCUGAGGAGUGGCUGGGGAGAGACCCCACCCUUGAGUCACAAGAUUCAGACAGGACCCCCUUGCUUUCUAAACUCCUCCUCAGAGAGGAGUCUAGGUGCAGCUAAAUCGAGUCUUAAUCUAACACUUGGUCAACGGUUUAAGGGUUGUAGAAGUAACGACUCAGAGUAUGUGUUGUUAGUAACUAAUUUGCCAGAUGCCCUGGCCGGUAGCGUUCGACUGGAAUGAUCACAGCUAGAUUAAUGAAUAGUACCAUUUAUUAAAGCAACAGAUACCUGUGUAUCUGUAUUCUUUGGAUUACCGGUGAUAAGAUUGCUGGUUACAAGGUUGGGAAGCUGUUGAGGCACAUCUUCCUGAGAAGUGGGGCUAAUCUGGGUCAGGAAGCCUGUCUCUGCCUGGGACCAGUUAUCCUGUGAAGGAGCAACUUGUUUAAAAAUAGCUUGUUUGCAUUUUGUUCAACAAUUUGCAUAGGAAGUAGUAAAAAACAGAAGCACCCUGCUGUUACUGUCUUAGACUUUGCCUUUUGGUCUACUUUUUGUUGCAGCAUUAUGCUUUAUAAUACCAGCUUCCAUUUGAAGGACAAAUAUAAACUUGGCAAGAGAUUUACCUCCUUGGACCUUAGAUUUUAUGUCUAUACUGACUCAGCUGCACAGAACUCUCCUCAUGAAUCUGCUCUUGUGGCAUAUAUUAGGGACAGUGCUAAAUAUUAGCCUUCCUCCUCCUUUUCUUUUACCUCCUUUUCACACACACAUCAUGCACAUCUUUUGCUUGGCUGAUGUUUCCCAAAUAGAGCCCAUAUGAGUACUGCCCCACUCCAUUGCUCUUUCCUUCUCUAUUUCAGAAUAAUAAGGUCUUUCCAGUUGGAAGGCAUUUUGUGUAAUUAAUUUUUCUAUAAUGCAAUAACAAAACAACCUGGAUUUUUCUAUCUUUUAUUUCUAGUGGGUGGCAGUUUUGUUAUAUAGCAUUUUGAUCUGAUAUCCUACUGUUGUCACAGAGACAGUAGCAAUUAUUUCCUGUUUAAUUAGGUAGCACUUCUCCAGCUUGACUUAGCGGUUGGUGAAUUUUUUUUUUAAACUCUUCCACAGAUAUGGCAAUCUAGAUCUCUGGAAGCAUAUUUUUCUUUUAGCUGCUGGUAGAAAGAGGAUCCUUACAUGGUUUUCCAGAGCAGAUGUAUAAAUGCUGUACACUUUUAGUAAAGUGACUCUGUGUAGUUGCAGGCAUUGUAGGCCAAUCUUUGCGUCUGGAAAACCUGUGUACUGCAUUCCCAUUGUCAUGGUGAAAUCUGCAUUUGAAGGAAUUAGUUGCAGGCUCCUGCAAAGAGGGAUGAGAGGAAAAACUCUUGGUUUUUGCUGUUACCUCAUAAUCAAAAAGGCUGGGAGUUAGACCACUUAAGGUGAAAGUGGAAACAAAGCAUGAACUUGUGCUUUCUUACCUGAGCCUCUUUGAAAUUUUAGUUACAUUUCCCAACUCAAAAAAUUCUUGUUUGGAAUUUUUAUUCAGCCACCAAUUCCUAAUUGAUGCUCUAACCUCAAAACCCAUAAGUAAUUGCCAACUUCAGCAUGGUUAUGCUAAAUGAAAGCCACAUCCUCAACACACUGAGCUAUUGUAUGUGUGCACACACCCUCAAAAUAAGUGUUGGAGCCAGCGCCAACCUGUGUUGAAAAGCAUAUGGUACACCAGCCUUUCUCAUUGAAUAAUUAAGGUUGGAAAAGACCUCUAGGAUCAUGUCCAACCGUCAACCUAACACCACCAUGCCUCCUAAACAUUGUCCCAAAGUGCCACAUCUACAUUUUUUUUUAACACCUCCAGGGAUAGUGGCUCUACCACCUCUCUGGGCAACCUGUUCUUUACUGGAAGAGUGGUCAAGCACAGGUAUUUUUUCCUAAUAUCCAAUCUAAGCCUCCCCUGAUGCAACUUAAGGCCAUCUCCUGUCAUCCUAUCGCUAGUUACUUGAGAGAAGAGACCAACAGCCUCCUUUCAGGGAGUUGUAGAGCGUGAUGAGGUCUCCCCUUAGCCUCCUCUCUCCAGACUAAACAACCCCAGUUCCCUCAGCUGCUCCCCACAAGACCUGCUCUCCAGACUUUGUUGCCCUCAUCCACUAGGCAAGUCACCUGGUCAUAGAAGAUGAUCAGGUUGGUCAGGCAGGACCUGCCUUUCAUGAAGCUGUGCUGGCUGGGCCAGAUCCCCUGGUUGUCCUGCACAUGCCUGGUGAGUGCACUGAAGAACUGCUCCAUAAUCUUCCCUGGCACUGAGGUUAGGCUGACUGGUCUGUAGUUUCCCAGAUUCCCCCAUCUGGCCCUUCCUGAUGGUGGGCAUCACAUCUGCAAGCCUCCAGUUGUCUGGGACCUCUGAUAAAUGAUGGGGAGUGGCUUGGCAAGCUCCUCCACCAGCCCCCUCUUGGGUAAUCCCAUCCAGCCCUAUAGACUUGUGAGUGUCCAGGUGGAACAGCAGAUCAUAAACUGCUUUGUCCUACAUUAAGGGGAGUUUAUUCCUCUCCUCGUCCCUGCCUUCCAGCUCAGGAGGGCUGAAUACCCUGGGAAUAACUGGUCUGGAUGAUGCAAAGGUGGCAUUAAAUACCUCAGCCUUUUCCUCUACCUUGGUGGCAGUGUUCCCCCAGCUUCCAAUAAAGGAUGGAGAUUCUCCUUUGCUCUCUUUGUUGUUAAUGUAUUUGUAAAAACAUUUUUUGUUAUCCCUUACAGCAGUGGUCAGAUUGAGUUC